AUGCGUCUCUCUCCUGCAUGGUACCAGUUCCUGGUAGGCGUUUUCGCCUCCCUUGGAUCAUUUCUUUACGGAUAUGAUCUGGGUGUCAUCGCAGAAGUCAUUGCUAGUGGCUCUUUCAAAUCGACCUUCAAUGAGCCGACCGAUACAGAAACUGGUCUAGUUGUUUCCAUGUUUACAGCCGGCGCUUUCUUCGGUGCUAUGUUUGCAGGUCCCACUGGUGACUAUCUUGGUAGACGCUGGACUAUAGCCAUUGGUUGUCUUGUCUUCUGUCUUGGUGGAGGCCUCCAAACUGGCGCCCAACAUAUUGACUAUCUGUACAGUGGCCGGUUCUUCGCUGGCGUGGGGGUUGGUUUCCUUACCAUGAUUGUGCCUCUAUACCAAGCCGAGAUUUGCCAUCCGGAUAUCCGAGGACGUGUCACCUCUCUACAGCAGUUCAUGUUGGGUGUUGGAAGUCUCUGCGCUGCGUGGAUUUCCUACGGGACAUAUAUCGGCUUUGACGAUACCAACGACGCUCAAUGGCAGGUUUCUCUUGGUCUGCAGGUCGUUCCAGCAGUCUUCCUUGGCCUUCUGAUCAUGCUCUUCCCUGAGUCUCCCCGUUGGCUUAUCGAUCAUGGUCGCCAGGAGGAAGGACUGAAAACCCUAGCGAGGCUACACGCCUACGGUAACGAGGACGAUACCUGGGUUCGUGCAGAAUACACUCAGAUCCAGGAGAGUAUUCUCCGCGAGCAUGAAGAGGAGGCCAAGUCUUAUUUCGAGCUCUUCAAAUCGCGGUCAUCGUUCCGUCGUCUUUUCCUCUGCUGUGCACUCCAGGCAUCCGUGCAAAUGACCGGUGUGUCUGCAAUCCAGUACUACUCGGUCGACAUUUAUGGACAGAUCGGAAUCUCGGGCGAUGAGACGCUUCGCUACCAGGCCAUCAAUUCCAUUAUCGCCUUGGUUGCGCAAUUCCUGUGCAUGAUGCUGAUUGAUCGCUUUGGUCGUCGCUGGAGUUUGAUUGGUGGGAACUUAGGCAACUGCCUCACGUUCAUCAUCGCUUGCAUUCUGUUAGCCAGGUUCCCUCCAGAAGUUAGUAACACUGGAGCUCAUUGGGGCUUCAUCAUCAUGACUUGGCUCUACAACUUCUCCUUUUCAUGCACCUGUGGCCCCUUGUCCUGGAUUAUCCCAGCUGAAGUCUUCGAUACUCGUACUCGUUCAAAGGGUGUCUCGCUUGCAACUAUGACCUCCUAUGCCUUUAACACAAUGAUCGGCCAGGUGACGCCAAUUGCCAUGACCGACAUUGGGUACAAGUACUAUUUUGUGUUCAUCAUCUGCAACUUCACCAACGCGGCGUUCUUCUGGCUGCUUCUGCCCGAGACCAAGAAGUUGCCGCUUGAAGAGAUGAACGACCUAUUCUCGAAAUCGCCGUGGAUUAUUCCUGGCACAAAGAAGGAAGACUACAUAACUCAUGACCUGGAGCGCAGAAUCGCGGAACAGGAGGAGAAACAGCACGUUUAUGCAGAGCAUGAGGAGAGGAAAUAA